AUGGGCAUUGGCACAACCGGCAGGAGCAAUCUAAAGCCUUUCUAUUAGAAAUACGUAACGUCAUAAAGGUAUACGGACAUGAGGCGUACUUGCGAAGCACUGUAAAGCUAUUUCCAUAUGGAAUAUAAACUCGGAAUACAAGUGUUUCUCCUAUUGUUUUGGAGAUCGGCUUUAGAUGCACUGGUGUCGGAGAAUGACGGAGGCUGGUCGUCAAAUUCAGAAUACAGUUUGACUGACGAGGGUCCUUGCAACAUUGACAUCUGGGACAAAGCUUCGUUAUCACAUCGCCAGUUUAUCCAACAAUAUGCCUACUCCAAACCAGUCAUCCUGAAAGGUUUCUCUGACAAUACGAAAUUCCAGUUCUUGUGCUCCAAGUCGAGCCUGCUGCAGCAGUAUGGAGAGAGGAUGGUGAGGCUCAGUACUGCCAACACCUACUCUUACAGGAAAGUGGAUGUCCGGUUUGAGGAGUUUGUGGACUUGCUGCUGAGGCCUCAGUCUAUGGACACACUGGGCAGUGACACUCUGUAUUUCUUUGGGGACAACAACUUCACGGAGUGGCACUCUCUGUUUGAGAACUACAAGGCACCACGCUACAUGCUGCCUCACAACGGGGCCUACAGCUUCGGGAUCGCAGGCCCGGGAACCGGUGUACCCUUCCAUUGGCAUGGACCUGGCUACUCUGAGGUCAUCUAUGGCAGGAAGCGCUGGUUCCUGUACCCCCCGGACAAGGCGCCCCAUUUCCACCCCAACUACACCACCCUGUCCUGGGUCAAAGACACAUACCCUUACCUGCUUGAGGAGAAGCCCAUAGAGUGCACCAUCCGGCCAGGAGAGGUGCUGUAUUUCCCUGACCGCUGGUGGCACGCCACGCUCAAUCUGGACACCAGUGUCUUCAUAUCCACGUUCCUGGGCUGACCCUGCAACAGACUACGGGUCAUUGCCCCGUGACCAAAGCCCUGUUAGAAUACUUUCAACAUUCAUCAUUCCUUUUUCCCCUCUGAGGAAAUCAUAGAUUUCUUGCACAGUUCAACACCCCCCUCC